UGGCGCGCUUGGAAAAAACUGCACUUCAGUUUCAGUGCGAUUUUUCGACCGAACGCAGACGGUUGAUCCAACUCCAAAUCAAAUCAAAUAAAUUGAGAGAAAAAAAAGAGCAAAUACAACCCAAAAAACGUUAAAGAUGUCGAUGCUGAACAACAACAGCUCUGCGCUGCUGAGGAUGCUAGCAACGUUGUUGUUGCUGCUUGGCGUUGCGUUGGCCAUUGAAGUGCAGAAAUUUGGACACCUGUAUAAUCCACCGCAAUCGGAGCAUCAUGCACCACGCCACGAGGACAAACAGGAUUUGAAUAAAAUACCCGGUGUGGCCGGAGUCGAUUAUCCGAUCUAUCACGAAGUGCCGCACACGCAAUUCAGUUGCCACAACGUGCCCGCUGUGCCGGGCAUGUAUGCCAAUGUAGAGACUGGCUGUCAGGCCUAUCAUGUCUGUCACGAUGGACGCGAGGGUCACCAGGGUGCUUCGUUCUUGUGCACCAACGGCACAAUAUUCAAUCAGAAGGAAUUCGCCUGCGACUGGUGGUACAAUGUGAAGUGCGAGGAAGCCACCAGCCUCUAUCAUUUGAACGCCGAUCCGGAACACAAUCCUUAUAUUCCCAAGAAGAAGCCUGAACUUGAACUUGAGCAUGCCGUGCACGAUGUGCAUAAUGGCGCUGGAUUUCUAAUACACGCAUAAUUUUCACUUCACAUUUCACUUGCACUAUUUAAAUUCAUUUCAAAAUUUUUCACUUCGCAAUAAAAUUUGGUUUACGUUG